AUGAAGACUGCGAUUCUCCUGUUUUGUCUUCUGGGAUCAACUCAGUCAUUACCACAGCUCAAUCCUGCUUUGGGACUUCCUCCAACAAAGGUGGCUCUGAAUCAGGCAACACCACUCAACCAACAGCAACCAAAUCAAGUCUUCCCUUCCUUAAGUCUGAUACCAUUAACACAGAUGCUCACACUGGGGUCAAAUCUGCAACUGCUACAUCCUACUGCAGGAAUGACUCCUGGUGCCCAGACCCUGCCACUGACCCUGGGGGCAUUGAAUGUACAACACCAUCUGCAACCACAAAUGUUACCAAUUUUUGUAGCACCUCUUGGAGCCCAGGGUACUAUCCUAAGCUCAGAGGAACUGCCAGUGGCCCAACAAAUCUUCACAGGCCUAAUCAUCCAUCCCUUGUACCCGGGAGACCUCCUGCCUUCCAGUCAGGCAGGAGCCAAUCCAGAUGUCCAGGCUAGAAUCCCUUCUGCUGGACAAGCAGGAGCAAAUCCUGCCUUCCAGAGAACCCUCCCAACUCCCAGAGGCACAGAUGAUGACUUUGAAGUUGCCACUCCUGCAGGCAUUCAAAGGGGCUUGCAUACUACAGAGGAAACCACCACAGAAUCACCAAAUGAUUCUGCAAAUCUGAAUGACAUAUUCAUGAACCAUCAAGGUUUUCAUGACCAA